GGUGAAGCAGACAGCUGCUUCAGGACGAAUGGCUCCUCUUAUUGAUUCCGUCUCCUCUCUUCCAGGAAACUCCCAGCUCUGUGUUCCUGGUCAUGGAGUACUGCAAUGGAGGUGAUCUUGCUGACUAUCUGCAAGCUAAAGGGAUUCUGAGAGAGGACACACUGAGGGUUUUCCUCCAGCAGAUUGCUGCUGCCAUGCGCAUACUUCACAGCAAAGGAGUCAUCCACCGUGACCUGAAACCCCAGAACAUCCUGCUGUCAUACCUGGGCCGCAAGAAGUCCAACAUUAGUGGCAUCCGCAUCAAAAUUGGUAACAGAAGAAGAAAGUGAUGUUUCUUUUUUAUU